AUGUCGAUUCUCAUCGAAGACCCAGUUCAGCCAAAUAUUGCAAGGGCAAUUCACAUAUGCCCACAGGAGCUAGAUGGCCCUGGGAGUUCUUAUUCUACUCGGGUGGAUGAAAUACUGCAAGAAAUCUGCGGAGACAACGGAUUGCUCGGUGAUUUCCUACCAGGCCAAGAGGAUUCACGUUUUUGCUUCUUAGCCACAGCUCUUCUGGUCGGUGUUGUAUCUUUCUCUGGCUCACACGUUUGUUCUUUUGAUGUCAAUCUCUGGCGUAAGUCGGUGAGUGAGAUCCCCGUCGGCUUCGGGUUCUUUUUCCGCCGCCGAGAUUUAGCCUGCUUGAAGGAUUUUGUCGGUGGGCCAGCUUGGGUUCUGGGAAGGUCAAGGGAGAAAAGUGAGGGCAUUCGAAUGAAAGUGUCUCUGACGGUUCAAGAUCUUCAAGAGCUUUGGGGCCCAGUAUGGCUUGUUGGGGGGACACGCGAGAAUGGUCCAAUCAUUCGCACAGAGCGUGGCUUUGUCGUUCCCCUUCCCCGUCAUCAGCAAUCAGACAUAACUGGUCGAGGAGUUGAGUGUCAUUGGACUAAGACAUGCCCAUUAUAUGCGGACGCGCUGAAUCCGAUAAUGUUAACCAACACAUCACGCGUGUUGAUCGGGACUACUUUUGGACUUACGGUCAACUCGCAAUGUCAGAAUCAGAUCGGCGACAUUCAGGGUCAUUUUGCCAAUCAGCUUCAGCUUCCCGGUGCCUGCAAUCACUAUUAUAUCACAGAGGGCUAUGAGGUUCAGUUAAUUGGAGGUCAGUAUGUGACUGGUGGUAUUGUGGGAAAACGCAAACGAAUUCCAGCAACGACCUUGAAGGCUGCUCUCAUAUCAGAAAUCCUGGACCCAGAGCUCGAUGUUACGCCUCUUUUGAAGAUGAACAUAGGGCUGGAGAUUAGUCCAUGUACUGGAAAUGCGCGGCGCCUGAGCCUUUGGCACACUCUGUAUCUUUCCCAAAAAAGCCAGAGACCUCACAAACUAGCAGAUUGCAAACACGGCAUCGGUAACAUUGAAUGUAUUGAACAAUGCUGGAAACAGAGCCUCUCAAACCGCUCUACAGCCGGCGUUCGUUGCUUUGACUGCGGAGUUGCCAAUACAACAACGGCACCGCCCGCAGCUACAAAUUUCAAAAAUGACAUAUCCAACAAUAAUGUCGCCAGAUCAAGAAUCGUGAGCGCCAUAAUGGCACUCCAACACACCGGCCUUGACCCCGAAGGAAAUCUCCAAGCAUACUGGCCUUUCGUCGAAACCCGAAUGACCAGGCGUAUUCAGCCCAGCCGGUCCAGCAAGUGGUUCAAUAUUAUUGCCGACACCCGAGACAGUGCUACAUUUGCAGUAGCCAGCUAUCAUUGCCUGGAGCUCCAAGGAGAACGUUCAUUAACAUGUCGCCUAAACGGCUAUCGAGAUCCCUUGCAAAAGACAUGCCUAUCUAUCCGUGUUGCGCAGCAGCCUCUCACCAUGACAGAAAGAGGAAUUAGACAAAAUCUGGGUCUUUUAACCCCUCCCCCGAACCUGAUCUUGCUGAUUUGUCGCCUGGUGCUUCAUUCUGCGUGGCAGGGACGCAGCUGUAUGUGA